UUAUUUUUAUCCAGAAUAUUAUUAUCAAGCUCUAGCAACACACAAACUAUCUAUCUAUCUAUUUAUGUUAAUAACUCUUUUUGGCUAAUUAUUUGUAUCAUCUUUCAUAAACUUGAUUACGUCUUUUAUCAUAAAAAUCUAUAUCCACUGCUGUUACAAUUAGGAUAAAAAUCUCCUUCUUUUCCUUUACUCACUACGCCUUUUUCUUUGCUGUUUUCUCCUUAAUUCCUAGAGAGACCUUUCUUUAUUUUAUUGAUGAUCCAACUUGAGCAACUCUGAUGUGUACAAUAUUCAUGCGCAAUUGAGGUUUUUAAAAAUUAUUAUUAUAAUAAAGAAAGUCCGGACCGGACAUCCUAAUAUACUCUAAAAUUAAAAUUUUAAAAAAAAAAUCAGGAUCCUAAAAAAAAAAUCCGGGAAAACUUUCAAGUCAAGCAAGAGGUAAAGUAAGCAAAUGCCAGUGAAUCACAGACUUCCUCCUCUUUGGUACUUUAUCAAAAAUGGUCAAGAGAACUAAGAAGGUCGGAAUCACCGGUAAAUAUGGUACCCGUUAUGGUGCCUCUCUCAGAAAGACCGUAAAGAAGAUGGAAAUCACCCAACACUCUACCUACACAUGUACCUUCUGCGGUAAGGAUGCUGUUAAGCGUUCUGCUGUUGGUAUCUGGAAAUGUAAGGGUUGUAAGAAGAUCAUGGCUGGUGGUGCUUAUACUGUUUCCACAACCGCUGCUGCUACCGUUCGUUCCACUGUUCGUCGUCUUCGUGAAUUGGCUGAAAUCUAAGUUAUUUUUGACCCAGGAUUUUCUUCAUUUCUAAAUCAUUUACAUCUAAAUAAAAUAAUUUAGUAACUACCCUAAAAAAGAUUAACUCAUUUCCUAUGUUUUGUAUUGUGACUAGUCGAAAAGAAUCAGAAACUCAACACAAUUUAAGUAAGAUUGAAUGUAUUAGGAACUACAGUGCUGCUUCUAUCUCAAAGUCGCUUUUAAAAGUUUGACAUGUCAUUUUU